AUGCUGUGUAUUCAACCUCCUCUCUCCUCACUCUGCUCUGCUCUGCGGCAGCUGCUCUGCUGUCUUUGGUGGUGGUUGUUGGGGUCUGAAAAGCACCACUUUGAUCAAACGACAAGAAGAAGAAACUCUGACGCUUUCACCGAUUUCUCACUCUCUGGGAAACACGAAUUUUUAUCAUAUAUGAUAAUGUCUCUCUAUACACUGAAAGGUGAAGAAGAAGAAGAAGAGAGGAUGAAAGAAGAUCAGCAGCAGCAGCAGUUGUCAAUGAAUGAUGUAGUUCAAGAAUUAUUAAAGUUACAAAAAGAAGAAGAUGAUAAACAUAAUGAAAACAAACAAUCAACAAAAGGAGACGAGGAAGAAGGAGAUGAGGAGGAUAUAUUAGAUGAUGGAUAUGAUAAAAGUAUAGAUACACCUGAAUUGGUGUAUGAUAGAUUAUGUACAGAUUUUGCAAUAUUAUCAUCUCAUCAAUUAGAGUUAUUCAUCACUGAUUUAAAUGAAUCAUUGUGUAAUCUAACCAAUGACAUUAUUCGUCUUGCUCACAAAAAACAAAUACAACAAAGAUUAAAACAACAAAAAGAUAAUAAUAAUAAUAGUGAUAGUGAAGAAGAUGAAGAAGAAGAUGAUCAAGAAGAAAUAAUAGAUUCAUUUAAAUACCCAAUUACAAAUACUCUACUAUCAACCAUAUCAGAUAACUCUUUAAAAUAUAACUCUAUUGUACAAAAUAGUAAUCAAAAUAAUAAUAGUAAUAAUCCAAGUACCAAAGAUACACAAUUAUCAAGUUGUUAUUCAACUCUAUACUAUUUAUAUUUUAUUAAAUUAUUUAAAUUAUCUUUAUUAUUAAAAUUAAAUGGUAUAUCAAAUUUAUUAAAUCAAUAUUAUCUUGAUGAUGAUAUUGAAAGUGAUAUUGAAAGUGAAUUGGAAGAGGUCGAGGAAGAAGAACAAGUAGAAGAUAAAAUUAAAGAAAUUAAAGAGGAACCAACACCAACAAUGACAACAACAACAACAAAAGAUGAAGAAGAUGAUGAAUCAAAUUAUCAAUCAUUUGAUACAUCACCAACAAACUUUAUAAUUGAUUACGAUCAAUUUGGACAAUUUAAUCAACAACAACAACAGAGUUGGAAAAUAGUUUGUAAAAAGUUGUCAAAUAUUUAUCAAACCUCCUUUUCAUAUCAACAUUUAUCACCAAAUAGAGUAUGGGAGGAAUACUCAAUGUUUGAUGAUUUGAAAGAUAUUACAACUCAUCUAUUGACAUUUAGUCAAGAUGAUGAAAAACAAGAUUUACUUUUCAUUUUACCUCUAUUCAUCUAUUUGAUACGUGAUCGUACUAUUGAUGCUCCAAAUGAAAUACCUUAUAAUUUACCUUUAAUUUUUAAUAUCUUAUGUAUUGAACAAAAUAAUGAAUCAAAUGAUAAUAAUAAUAAUUUUAAUUUAUCACCAUUUCAAUUUAAAUCAUUGGUAUCAUUGUUUAGUAGUUUUGUAGAUAUUCGUAAUAUGAAUGAUCGAUCUAAAACAUUUUUAAUUCAAUCUAUAGUUGAUGAUUGUUUGGAUUAUUUUGUACAUAGAUUAUCAAUGUGGUCUUCAUUACCAGAUCAACAAUUUGCAAAUAUUAAUUCAAAGGAUGAAUUGGAAGCCGUAAUUAUCACACAUACAAACCAACCAUUAAAGCUAAUUACAAAAAUAACAAUAUUUGUAUCAAAUAAUAGUAAAAAAUACAACAAGAUUGAAUGGGAUAAAAUAUAUCAAUCAAAAGGUUUAAUUUCACAAUAUAUUACAUUGGUUACUAAAAUUGAAAAUAUUAAACAACAAAAAGAAAAAGAAGAAGAAAAAGAAAAAGAAAAAGAUGAUUCUUUAAAAUUAAAUUCAAUGGAACAAAUUCAAGAUUUAUCAUUGAUGUGGUUGACAAGAUCAAGUUGUCAAUCAAACAAUAUAUCAUUGUUUAUUGAAAAAGUACCACAAUUACAACAUAUAAUAGUCAUUAAAGAUUUAUCUCUUUAUAGUAAUAAUGAACAACAAACAACAAACUUUAAAUUUAAAUAUAAUAUUAUUUGGUCAAUUUUAAUUUUAUUAAAUAAUAAUAAUAAUAAUAAUAAUUGUAUAGAAAUAAUAUUUAAAAUAAUUAAUAAUUUAUUAUCAACAAAUAAUUUAGAAAAUAAGAAUUUUAAUCAAAUAUCAUCAUUGGCAAUCAUUAUUCAAUUACUGCUAUUGAUUAAACAAUCUAAAGAGGUAGAUCAAACUAGAUUAAUAUUUGAUGAUUUAUUAGUUCAAAAAAUAUUAAAAGGUAUUGAUAGUAAAUUAACAUCAACCAUUUCACAAUUACAACAAUCUUUACAAAAGUCAACAUCAACCGACAAUAAUAAUAAUUUAGAAAAAAGAGAAAGAAAGUUCAUUGCUGACGCACCAUUUUUCUUACUCAUCAAUCUAUCGUUACCAAACAAACAAACAAAUAUCGUAUUAGAGAAGAGAAGAAUGGUAGAUAAAUCAUUAGCAUUAUUUGUAACAGCCAAUAUCAUACCACCAUCUGUAAUGUUGGCUAUAUUACCAUCACUUCAAUUACAGAGUAUCAUCAUUCAAAACGCUAUAUUCUCAUUGUGUGCUGGUAUCAUGGCAUAUCGUCUCAUACCAUCUAUUGCCUAUCUAACCUCUGAAGCUGGUCUUACAGGUAUGGAUCUCAAUAAGAAAGGUGAUCCCAAGUUCUCUGGUAAAAAGAUUCCAGAAAGUCUUGGUAUUGCCACAUCUGUUGUAUAUUUAUUAUGUGUUAUUCUAUUCCAAUUGUUUCAAUGGUUUUCUUUCCCAGAAGCAAUUCAAUUGAGUGAAUAUAAUGCAGCAUUAACAUCAAUUUGUUUUAUGAUAUUAUUGGGAUUUGGAGAUGAUGUAUUGAAUCUAAGAUGGAGAUAUAAGUUGGUGUUGCCAAUGUUUGCUUCAUUGCCAUUGUUGGUGGCCUAUGCAGGAGGUACGUCGGUGGUGGUACCACAUGUGACUUUCCCAGUGGACUUGCGAUUCUAUCUGGGCAACACGUUUGACUUGGGUAUCUUUUAUCGUAUCUAUUUGUUAAUGUUGGCUAUCUUUUGUACCAACAGUAUCAACAUUUUAGCUGGUAUCAAUGGUCUAGAGGUUGGACAGUCGAUUGUCAUCUCGACGGCCAUCAUCGUACACAACCUGGUCGAGUUGCGUCUCCAUCACCAAGCAUUGGUUGCUGGUACUGCUUUGACCCUCGCUUCACCCCACUUGUUGUCGCUCGUGCUCAUGGUGCCAUUCUUUUUCACUACGGUCGCCCUACUCAUCUUUAACUGGUACCCGUCUCGUGUCUUUGUCGGUGACACGUUUACCUAUUUUGCAGAUUCUCAACUUUCUCUACUCGCUUCCACAGCUCUUUGGUCUCAUCCCUUGUCCCCGUCAUCGUGUGCCUCGUUUCAACCCGGCCACCGGCAACAUGGAGGCCAUCCCUACCAACCUCACCAUUAUCAAUCUCAUGCUGCUCAUUCUCGGUCCAAUGACUGA